AAUCCAAUCCAUCCAGUUGCAACCAUCUGAUUACCAUCAUCAGCUGAGUGUUAUUAGUUAUUACGUAGAGGCGCAAAUAAAUUCAAUACAGAAAUAUGUUUCGUAAUUCGAUAAAAUCAUGUUUGAUCAUCCGAAAUCCAGAAUUUCAGAGAUGCAAGCACACGGCAAAGCUGGAGGCAAUAAGAGAGAAGCUCCGCGAGGGACCCGGGCUAUCGGAUUUCAUAGCGGAGGAGAGACCCAAGGACUGGGAAGAGUAUGAAGGGAAACUGAAACGGGAGAAGGGAGAACAGGAGCGUUUAAGGCUUCCACCGUGGUUGAAGACCUCUAUACCAACAGGGUCAAAGUUCAAUGAGGUGAAGGAACAACUGCGUAGCCUGAAGCUUAGUACAGUAUGCGAGGAGGCCCGCUGUCCAAACAUCGGGGAAUGUUGGAGCGGGGGCAAGCAGGGCAUGUCUACUGCUACAAUUAUGCUCAUGGGUGACACUUGUACGCGAGGCUGCAUGUUCUGCUCCGUGAAAACUUCGCGCGCCCCGCCGCCGCUCGACCCGCGGGAGCCGCGCCACACGGCCGCCGCCGUCGCGCAGUGGGGCCUCGGGUACAUCGUGCUGACCUCGGUCGAUAGAGACGAUUUGCCGGAUGGAGGAUCAGCUCACUUCGCAGAAACAGUUAGGGAAAUAAAAAGACAGAACAAGGAGAUACUAGUAGAAUGCCUCGUGCCCGAUUUUCGAGGCAAUCGCGACUGCAUCGACACUAUAGCCAACAGCGGGCUGGACGUGUUCGCGCACAACAUCGAGACCGUGGAGCGACUGACGCCUUUCGUUCGGGACCGGAGGGCGGGGUACCGCCAAACACUGAAAGUGCUAGAAACGGCCAAGGAGUCGAACCCCGAUCUUGUCACUAAGACGUCCAUCAUGCUGGGUCUGGGCGAGACAGAUGAGCAAGUCGAGCAGACCAUGAAAGACCUGCGCUCCGUAGGCGUAGACUGCCUCACGCUCGGCCAAUACAUGCAGCCAACCAAGCGCCACCUCAAAGUGUUCGAAUACGUGACCCCCGCCAAGUUCCAGCAAUGGGAACGCAGAGGCAAUGAACUAGGGUUCCUGUAUACAGCUAGUGGACCACUGGUUAGAUCCUCUUACAGAGCAGGGGAGUUCUUUAUCACUAGCCUGUUGAAAGACAGGAAGGCAAAAAGCUUGUGACCUGAAGACGAUUUUAGCUAACUAAUCAUUUUAAUUUGAUGGUUUCAAUUAAACACUGAAGUAUGCCCCAAUCGGCUCCAUAGUUAUGAUUGUAUAAUGUAGUGCAUCAGUUUUUAAAUACAUAUAAACCUUCCUCUUCAAUCACUCUAUUUAUUAAAUAAAAAAACCGCAUCAAAAUCCGUUGCGUAGUUUUAAAGAUCUAAGCAUACAUAGGGACAGACAGACAGCAAGAAGCGAUGUAUAGUGAUUAGAUAUGAGUUUUUUUUAUUUCUAUUGCUUUGUUCAUAUUAUGAGCGGUAUUGUUAUAAUACGACCAGAAAUAAAAAUAACUUUAUCUAAUUCAUAAAAAGUAUAGAAUUUAUACCAGUACGAUGACUUUGAGAUGUAUAUGAAGAUUAUGAAGUUCCUUUUAAGUACCAUUUUGUAGUUACAAACUUCGUUUAAAAAAUAUUUAACAUGGAAGUUGAACAAGCGGAUUAAUUUGCUAAGGAACUAAAAUAAAUACUCCAUUAUUUCACUUAUAGGAAAUCAUGACGACUAUAUAUAGAUUAGGUUAGGUAUAACUGAUGUAUACAAAUGUAGCAAGGAGUACCUUAGUAGAUAACAUGAAGAUGUAGGUACCUACGUAGUUAUUUGUCACUGUUUCGUUACGAAUUAUGUUACAAAAUUACUGCUUGUAGUUGUAUGCAAUUGUACCUUAUUAAGUUGACAUAAUGUGCAUUGUUGCGUUACUACUGUGAGAUUAGAUCUGUGUUCAAUUAUCCCCAAGGGACCCGAAUCAAAGAAUAGUUGUUAUUUGUUUGUAGAAUUAUAAUUAUAUUUUGUGUAUAAAAUAGUUAUAAAAUAAAUGUUUUUAUUUGAA